GGACUGUGAUAUGUGAAGAAAGAACUCUCCGGGAAAAAGAAAGGUAUAAGUGUAUGUUUCAUGAUUCACUACUCAUGGUGUGAUUGUGGUAACGUGCAGUAGAGGAACUCACGUCCAUUUGUUCUCCCAAUCUGGAAUAAAUCACCAUCAAAUGCUGACUGCAUUACCUUCUGAGAUCAUUUCUUCGGUCAUCGUCACGGCCGUGUAUAUUACCCCCAAGUCGACACUGUGACGGCUCACAAGGAACUACACUGGACUUUGUGCCAACUGGAAACCGCAUAUCUUGAGGCUGCAUUUACUGUAACGACAAGACAGCCUACAGGCAAGAGGUUAAGACCAUGGUGGAGUGGUGCCAGACAAAUAACACCUCCUUCAAUGUCAACAAAACGAAGGAGCUGAUCGUGGACUUCAGGAGACAGCAGAAGGAGCACACUCCCAUCCACAUCAACAGGACCCGUAGUGGAGAUGGAUUCACCUAAGAGAUGCAUCAACCAGCCCUGGUCACGGUUGCUGUUCUGCUCUUCUCUCUCACCACUGUCUAUGGGGGGAACGUGCUGGUCUUCCCAUUGGAAGGAAGCCACUGGGUGAAUAUGAAAGUCCUCAUCGAAGAGCUGCACUCCAGAGGCCAUAGCAUCACAGUGAUUCGUCCAACCACCAACUGGUACAUCAAGGAGAAAUCCCCUCACUACUCGUGCAUUACCAUCCCAGUAUCUGGUGGUGGAAUUGUUGAGGAGGUCUUUAGUUUGUUUGUGACCAGAAAAUUGCAGAUCCAAAGGGAGGGUGGAAGUUUCUGGUCUCGUAUGAGUCUGGAGCUUGAGGUGGCGAAGCAGAUCUAUGAGUUACACAAGGAUUUGGUUGUAAUGAUGACUACGAUAUUCGAAGAUGCCGAACUAAUGCAUUCGCUUCACGAUGCAAACUAUGACCUGGUUUUGACGGAUCCUGCCAUUGGUGGGGGCGUGUUUCUGGCUCACCGCAUUGGUCUUCCUCUUGUCUUCAAUGUCCGAUGGACAGUCCUGGGCGAGGGUCACUUUACCAUCGCCCCCUCGCCUCUCUCAUAUGUCCCAUUGCCAGGAGCACUGUUGACAGACAAAAUGACUUUUCAAGAGAGAGUCAUAAAUGUUCUGUUUUAUCUUUUUACAAGGUUUCAAUUUGCAUACGUCAUAGACCCUAACUACAUUCCGUUCGUCCAUCGUUACUUCGGCCCUGACGUUCACUACAUGUCAUUGUUCCAGGCAGCAGACAUAUGGCUCAUGAGGAAUGACUUUACCUUUGAGUUUCCACGGCCCACCAUGCCAAACGUGGUCUACAUGGGCGGUUUCCAGUGCAAGCCCUCGAAGCCGCUUCCUCAGGACAUGGAGGACUUUGUCCAGAAGUCUGGGGACCAUGGGGUCAUCAUGAUGUCCCUGGGGACCUUGGUGGGACAACUUCCUGAGGACAUCGCUGAGGACAUCGCAGCUGCUUUCGCCAAACUGCCUCAGAGGAUCGUCUGGAGGCACACUGGGAAGAGGCCCACCUCCGUGGGCAACAACACCUUACUAGUGGAUUGGCUCCCCCAGAACGACCUCCUUGGACAUCCCAAGACCCGAGCCUUUGUUGCCCACGGCGGAACCAAUGGAGUCCAGGAGGCCAUCUACCAUGGUGUCCCUAUUGUUGGCCUCCCGUUGGUCUUCGACCAGCAUGAUAACCUCAAUAGGAUGAGGGCUAAGGGAGUGGCUAAAAUAGUGGACAUCGCCACCGUAGACAGCGACAUCUUCCUGGAGGCAGUGAAGGCUGUUCUCUAUGAGCCGAACUACAGGGAGAACAUGCAGAGGCUAUCCAGGCUGCACAGGGACCAGCCCAUGAAACCACUGGACCGCGCCAUGUUCUGGAUUGAGUUUGUCAUGAGGAACAAAGGAGCGGCACAUCUGAGGACAGAGUCCUAUAAGAUGUCCUGGUUCACCUACCACUCUGUUGACGUCGUAGCAACGCUACUGGCCAUUGUGUUGCUCAUAAUGCUGGUUAGCACUUUAGCUGUAAGGUUUUUGUGGCAUAAGGUGUUUUGUAGGAGGAAAGUGAAACAUGAAUGAUAUGAAUAGGAAUAUUAAUAUAUGAAUAUUAAUAUAUGAUCAAAUUAUCAUUAAUGAAAUAUUACAAAUAUUAUUUGAUGGUAUCCUUCUUAACAUCAAUAAGAAUGUCACACUCCUUAAUGUGGGUAUUUGAAACAAUACAGUAGGUUACUUUUGGUAAUAUAUCUUUGCAUUCCAUUUUUUAAAUGUCACCCUCUGAUAGAGGAAAAUAUGGUUGAAACUAAUUAUGUAUACAUUCCAAUCAGAAACUGACUAGUCCAAAUGCUAUAAUGUACUGUACAUGUGAGUUUUCUCUCUUGCUCCCUUUCCCAAUUGUAUAUAAUGUAGUCAGGAGUUAGUAACAAUGAAGGUCUGUUCCUUAGUUCAUUCAGUUGUACAAAUCUCCAGGUGGUGGGAACGGGCCAUCUCCAGAUUGUCGGGAAUGUUGAUUUAUGCUGACUGGCCUUGACUUCGUGCUGAUAACGCGAAGGCUCAAGAGCUAGAGGGGCCCUCUGUUUGUGAAAUGGAACGUUUGGAAAACGCUGACGUCAUUUUCAGUUUAUAACCUGUGGAAAUGUGUGUAAGCAUUCAGUACUCUCUUGUAAUAAACGCUGUUACUUUUGGCUUUUAA